AUUGUUACCUGCCCUUUUGAGACUGAUGCUGGAGAAAAACCUGAGAACAAAAGUGCUUGGCUAAAUCACUUUUUUUUCCUUUUUAGUUCUUGAAAUCAUGAAUCCUGUUUAUAGCCCUGGUUCCUCUGGGGUUCCCUAUGCAAAUGCCAAAGGAAUUGGUUAUCCAGCUGGUUUCCCCAUGGGCUAUGCAGCAGCAGCUCCUGCCUACUCCCCCAACAUGUACCCCGGAGCGAAUCCUACCUUCCAAACAGGUUACACUCCUGGCACGCCUUACAAAGUGUCCUGUUCCCCCACCAGUGGGGCAGUGCCGCCGUACUCCUCCUCCCCCAACCCCUACCAGACCGCUGUGUACCCUGUGCGAAGUGCCUACCCCCAGCAGAGUCCAUAUGCACAGCAAGGCACGUACUACACACAGCCCCUGUACGCAGCACCUCCUCAUGUCAUCCACCACACCACAGUGGUGCAGCCCAAUGGCAUGCCGGCGACAGUGUACCCUGCACCCAUCCCUCCGCCUAGAGGCAACGGGGUCACCAUGGGCAUGGUGGCUGGGACCACUAUGGCGAUGUCAGCAGGUACCCUGCUGACCGCCCACUCCCCAACUCCUGUCGCCCCCCACCCAGUCACAGUGCCCACAUAUCGGGCCCCCGGAACACCCACCUACAGCUACGUGCCCCCUCAGUGGUGAUCACCCUGCACAUGUUUGAGGAUGGAGCUCUGCGUUCACGUUACGGAGGUUCCACAGCUGGUGCUGCAGGCCUCGUGCCUCCAACCAGGACUUUGUUAAUGCUCUCGACACUUAGCUAACACUACUGCAGCCCGGCCCGGCAGCUCCCAGCGCUGUGAGUCUUCAGCUGGCUCUCUGGGUUGGUCUUAAAGCAAAUCCCGUUUUGUGGGCUGCCUGGCAAUUUUUUAGCUAACUGUAAUGAUAAAAAGGGAGUAUUAAUCUAUUCUGAAUCAUAUCUAGUUGAAUGCAUGUUUAAAAAAAACAAACACAAAAACAGAGCUUGCUCAGUCUACCUGCAGUGACUGAUACAAACCCAUCAUACGCAAAAUCCAAAGGAAUGGAAAAGUAUUUUACAACUUGUAUCACUAAUGCACUGUUGUAAUGUAUGCUAAGUCUUAAAGUUAUAAGUGUUAAAGUGAAUUUCUUCAUAGAGCAUCUGAAAUCUCUUAGAUGAGUCUUCAACCUUUUGGGGUUGAUGUGGGUUGCCAGUUGGACACAUGGACUCAGAGUUGCAGCCAGCUCUUUCUUUCACAUGGACUGCACUGGGAGAGAGUUGCAGGAGUGGGGGAGUGUAGGGAGGGCUACAGCUGCGUGGGUGCAGCUGGGUCAGUGGGCAUCCCUUUUUUUCCAUUUAGGCUGUGGGGUCCGUGCGAUGUGGACAUUUCUUAAUGAUUGUCAUGGAAGGGUAGAGUUGUGUGGCCAGUACAAUUAGGGGCAAGAGGUAGUUUACGUAUCAGCAAAGCAGUCUUCUCUGCUAUCUCAAUUCUCAUUACCAGUCUCUUACAGAUAGCACUGGUGUUUUUCUGUAUCUUUAUUGGAAAAGUCCUAUGUAGAACUAAAUUAUUUUCCUGGGAUGGAAGGUGUGUGAAUGAGGAACAGCCACACUUGGAGGAGGUCUCGGCCUCUCCUUUAUUCAGCUUAGAAAAUCAUUCCUUUUUUUUUCCUGAGAAAUGUUUGAGUCAGCUGAAAACAUAUGUAGGCAUUGCUGUUCUUCCCCCACAGAGAAGGGCAAAGAUUUCAGCUGUGUAUCAUGAAGAAAGUUAUAUUUAAGAACUAUUAAAAGGGAACAAACCUUUAUUUGAAAUUGAGUCUUUCUUUCAGAGAGGCAGGGCGUGGCUGUUUGGGCCCAUCCCCCUGAUGGGGAUGUGUCCUCUGAGACUGUCUGGAGGGGC